UUCUGUGUGUGUGUGUGUGUCUCUCUCUCUCUCUCUCUCUCUCUCUCUCUCUCUCGUGUCCACUCCGUUGAGAGUGUUUGGGGAGUUCAGAUGCGGAAGUUUCCGCCCAGAAAUCCGCUGAUAUGGUGAGUGAUGCUGCCUGCGGUGUCAUCUGCUCCUCGCUCGGGAUUUUUCUGCGCCGCGGGGCCGUGAAGCUCUCGGACUGAGCCGCUAUGGCCACCCUGCCAGCCUCAGAUCGGAGGGCGUUCGCUCUCAAACUCAACAGGCAUUCGUCUGCUGAGAUCCGGAGGCAUUUCAGUGGUUUCAGCCAUGGCACUCCACACAGCACCCUGCACCACCGCCACAGCUCCAGCAUCUCCGGAUCCAUCUAUUUUAAUGUUCCUCAGUCAUAUGACGCAGUGGAGCCGGUGGAUGUGGAGGAGUUUCUAAUGACGCAGCUGCGCAGCGGGGAUGCCGAGCUCAUGCAGGAGCUGGGAGAGUUCCCUGACGACGACCUGGAGUUGGACCUGGUGGAGAGAGAGUGCCGAACGAUUUGGCACUCUGUCCCAGAGGAGGGGGUGGAACUAGAUCCUCAUGUGAGAGAUUGUGUUCAAAGUUACACUCAGCCUUGGCUGAUAGUCAGUAGGAGGUGCCAAGGAGAUGGCUGGAGUGCAUAUUCAGAGAAGUCGGGCUUUCACAGACAUCUACAAAAGCAGGUCUUUGAGUCAGACGUCCAGCCUGAAAAACAGGAGCAGCCGGUUAAGUCUCCGUCUCUGGCGGUGUUAUGCGAUGAUGACAGCACACGGAGCACCAUCACAUCUUCCGACUUUGACCUGCGGGGUCUGCAACCAGACCCUCGGCUUGACAGUCUCCUGCGCUUUAACAACCCCGAGGACCUUGACCGCUUUAAUCUGGACGCUAGACUUGGCAACCGCCAGCCCGAAAUUUUCGCCCUGUACCCGCCUCCUGAUGACGAAGAUGUAGUGGAGAUCCGUCCCAUUCCCGAAUGUCCAAGGGAGCACAUGGGCCACAGGAUACUAGUGCGAUGCCAAACCUUCAAGUUUGAGAUCGAGAUUGAGCCCUUGUUUGUCACCAUGGCCUUAUAUGACCUAAAGGAAAAGAAAAAGAUUUCAGAGAACUUCCACUGUGAUGUGAACUCGGACCAAAUGAAGACCUUCCUGCGUUCUCACACCCCUCACAUCGAAUCCUCCACACAGGCCAAGGCCGCUAUUUUCUCCAUCUCCUGCCCCUCUCCAGACAUCUAUCUGGUCAUUAAGAUCGAGAAAGUCCUGCAGCAGGGGGAAAUCGGAGAAUGUGCUGAGCCCUACUCGGUGAUGAAGGAGAGCGACACUGCGAAGAACAAAGAUAAGCUGGAGAAGCUGAGGAAUCAGGCUGAGGGUUUCUGUCAGAGGCUUGGUCAGUACCGCAUGCCCUUCGCCUUCGCUGUAGUCAACAUCACGAGCGUGAUCAGCUCAGCCACACUGGAGCGAGACAUGACUGACUCAGACAGCAUCAAUGGCAAGAGCAGUUUGGAGAAGAAGGCUUACCUGCCCAGGCGCAACUCGGAGCGAUUCAGCAUCCUGGAGGACCAGUUCAACCUGUCAGGCGCCAAAACCAUAUCUGUUACAAACUUCUUUAAACAGGAAGGGGAGCGUCUCAGUGAUGAAGACUUAUUUAAGUUCCUGGCCGACAGCAAAAGGACAUCCAACAUCCAGCGACGGAGCAAGACAAUAACAGGGUGUCUCAAGCUGGAGGUGACCCCGUCUCCAGAAACAAUGAUGCCAUGUCUGUCUCCGGAGCUCAUCCCCAUAAAACCAGCCUCAGACAAAAAUGUGAGGCCUAUCAAAGAGGUGCUCGAAUUUCCUGCCAGCGAUGUCUACGUUCCUCACAGCAUAUACAGAAACCUGCUGUAUGUAUAUCCUCAGAGACUGAUCAUUAGUAAUCGCUUGACAUCUGCCAGGAACAUUACCAUAAAGAUCCAGUUUAUGAGUGGAGAGGACGCCAGCUGUGCAAUGCCUGUCAUAUUUGGGAAAGCAAGUGGUCCAGAGUUCGUAUCAGAAAUCUGCACCCCAGUCACGUACCACAACAGGUCUCCAGAUUUCUAUGAGGAGGUGAAGAUCCGGCUGCCAGCGAGACUGACUGAGAGGCACCACCUGCUCUUCUCCUUCUUCCACAUCAGCUGCCAGCAGAAGCAGAACCAGAGCGGCAGUGUGGAGACCCUCAUCGGAUACUCAUGGUUACCCAUCCUGAGCAAUGAAAGGCUGCAGAUGGGACAGUACUGUCUGCCCAUCGCUCUGGAGCGUCUUCCCGUGAACUAUUCAAUGCAUUCUCCUGAGAAAAUGCCCACCCAGGUGCCCCCAGUCAAGUGGAUGGACAGUCAUAAGGGUCUGUUCAGUUUGGAGGUUCAAGCUGUGUCUUCAGUUCAUAUACAGGACACUCAUCUGGAGCGAUUCUUCACUCUGUGCCAUGCUCUGGAAGGAAAGCCCACCUUCCCUAUCCGUGUUCGGGAUGAGAAGCUGACAGAGAAUAAGCUGGAGCAUGAGCUGAAGCUCAGCAUUAUAUCUCUGUCCUCUUCGGCGCUCGAACCACUUGUUCUCUUCCUCCACCUUGUCCUGGACAAGCUCUUCCGCCUCAUCAUGCAGCCCAUGGUUAUCGCUGGCCAGACAGCAAACUUGGCCCAAAUAGCCUUCGAGUCCGUAGUGUCCGUCGUCAACAGCCUUCACAACAGUCAGGAGCUGGCCAAGGACCACCAGGGCAGGAACUGUCUCCUAGCAACCUACCUCUACUUUGUGUUCCGGUUGCCAGACACUCCCCUUGAAGUCUUCAGCACAGGCACAGGGCCGCAUCAAGAAAGCAGGUACAGCACUAUGGGCCGAGCCACAGCCACAGCCGUGGGCACCAUGCUGCUGCAAUCCCGCAUCCGCUCCAGCAGCAAUCCUGACAUACCUGCUCCACACAGCGCAGAGGACGCUGAGGUUAAGAACAUAAUGGUUGGAAAGGGCUUGAAUCAUCCUGGUAGCAGGAUGUCCACUAUUCUCGACGUUACCAACCACUCUCAGAGUUCCACUGGUAGCACACGGCCCUCAAACAGAAAGCAAUUUCAUGAAGAGCUGGCUCUUCAGAUGGUGGUCAGCACGAGCGUCUGCAGAGAGAAUGUCUAUAAAUACUGCUGGUUCUUCUUUGAACUCCUGGUAAAAAGCAUGGCUCAGCAUGUCACUCAGAUGGAGAAACUUUCAGUGCCUCGCAAGAAUCGCUUUUCUGACCGCUUCAAGGACGACAUUACUACUAUCGUUAAUGUGGUAACAGCUGAGAUUGGCACUAUACUGGUGAAACAACAGAAGGAGCUGGAUCAGGCAGAAAAGGUGAACAUUAGUCUGGCUUUCUUCAUUUAUGACCUGAUGUCCCUCAUGGACAGAGGCUUUGUCUUCAACCUGGUGAGGAACUACUGUAACCAGAUGUCAGCAAAGAGUGUGUCCAUGUCCACUCUGAUCAGCAUGAGGCUGGAGUUCCUGCGGGUUCUCUGCAGUCAUGAGCACUAUCUGAACCUCAGCUUGUACUUCAGUAGCCCAGCUUCUGCCCCUGCCUCCCCCUGCCCCUCCAUCACCUCACAGACCUCAAGCUCGUGUAGUUUGCAGGAUCAGAAGAUUGUGGCCAUGUUUGAUCUGUCUCAGGAGUUUAAGCAGCAGCACUAUCUGACUGGUCUGCUACUGACCGAACUCAGUGCAGCACUGGACAUGGAGUCAGAGGGGGGUAAGGUGCAGCGCAAAGCCAUUAAUGCCACAUACAGCUUGCUGUGCGCUCAUGAUCUGGAUGCUCGCUGCACAAGGCCAGAGGUCAGGACUAAGAUUGCUGCCCUCUACCUCCCCCUGGUGGGCAUCAUCAUCGACUCCAUCAACUACCUCGACUUCACAGUUUCAGAGUCACGGGGUAGCAAAGGCAAGACCAACGGCCCAGAAGACGAGUUUGAAAACGUCACUCCCAUUAAUCAGUCUGUUGCCAUGGCGAUCGCAGGAAACCCCUUCAACACCUUGGCGAGAAAUGCACUGGUGUCUAUGGCUUCUGUGUCUGGUAAAAUCGGCAACACGCUGACAGCAGAGACGAGCCGCAAUCUGCUGGUGUGUUUCUUGUGGAUCAUGAAGAACGCUGAUCAGAGCCUGGUCCAGCGCUGGGUGGUUGACAUGCCGUCCUCUCAGCUCAGCCGCCUCCUCGAGCUCCUCACCAUCUGCAUCUCCUGCUUCGAGUACAGAGGGAAACAGAGCUCUGAUAAGGUGAGCACACAGGCCCUGCAGAAGUCACAGCAGGCUAAAGCUCGUCUGGAGGAGGCGCUGUUGGGAGGCAUGGGGGCCAGAGGAGAGAUGAUGAAGAGGGUGGGAGGUAAUGACCGUACUGUGGGCCAGAGAGAAAAUCUGCGCUGGAGGAAAGACCUCACACAGUGGCGCCAGACCAACGACAGGCAGGACAAAUCCAAGGCUGAGUUGGACCAGGAAGCCAUAAUCAGUGGGAAUUUGGCCACAGAGGCCAACCUCAUAGUGCUGGACCUGCUGGAGAUCAUUGUGCAGGCUGUGCCACUUGCUGACUGUAAGGAUAACGCUAUUGGAGGAGUUCUGAGAGUUCUCCUGCACUCCUUAACGUGUAACCAGAGCACCACUUAUUUAUCUCACUGCUUCAGCACCAUCCGGGCGCUCAUUGUGAAGUUUGGGGACGUGUUGUUUGAGGAGGAGGCUGAGCAGUGUGCUGAUCUCUGCCAAAAAGUGCUUCACUACUGCAACAGCUGUGUGGACAGCAACCGGAGCCAAGCCUGCGCUACACUCUACCUCAUCAUGAGAUACAGCUAUAGCUCAGCCAGCAAUUUCUCAAGAGUGAAGAUGCAGGUGACUAUGUCGUUGGCAUCUCUGGUGGGCAAGUCCUCAGAUGUGCGUGAGGAGUACCUGCGGAGAUCUUUCCGGACCAUUCUAGCCUAUGCAGAAGAAGACACAGAGAUGCAGUCCACACAGCUCCCUUCACAGGUAGAUGAGCUCCUGAGGAACCUAAACAGCAUCCUCUCAGAUACAGUAAAAAUGAAGGAGUUCCAGGAAGACCCUGAGAUGCUUAUGGACCUUAUGUAUAGGAUUGCCAAGGGCUACCAGACGUCGCCCGAUCUGCGGCUGACCUGGCUCCAGAACAUGGCAGAAAAACACAACAGCAGAAAGUGCUUCACAGAGUCAGCCAUGUGCCUGGUGCACGCCGCCGCCCUGGUAGCGGAAUACCUCAGCAUGCUGGAGGACCACAAGUACCUGCCUGUGGGCAGCGUCACAUUCCAAAACAUCUCUUCUAAUGUGCUGGAAGAGUCUGCAGUGUCGGACGAUAUUUUGUCCCCAGAUGAGGAUGGAGUCUGCUCAGGACGCUACUUCACAGAGAACGGCCUGGUGGGUCUUCUUGAGCAGGCCGCAGAACUCUUCAGCAAUGCUGGUUUAUAUGAGGCAGUGAACGAAGUGUAUAAGAUCAUCAUUCCCAUACUGGAGGCCCACAGAGACUUUCGUAAACUGUCCACCACUCACGACAACUUGAAAAGAGCCUUUGACAACAUUGUUCAGAAGGGCCAUAAGAGAAUGUUUGGAACGUAUUUCCGUGUGGCCUUUUUUGGCUCUAAGUUUGGGGAUCUGGAUGAAGUGGAAUUCAUUUAUAAAGAGCCAGGAAUCACGCAUCUGCCUGAGAUCUCACACAGACUAGAGAAUUUCUACAGCCAGUGUUUGGGGGAUGGGGUUCUGGAGAUGAUAAAGGAUUCCACACCUGUAGACAGAAACAAACUGAAUCCCAACAAGGCUUAUAUUCAGAUCACUUAUGUGGAGCCCUACUUUGAUGAUUACGAGAUGAAAGACCGCAUGACCAACUUUGAGAAGAACUUCAACCUGCGGCGUUUCAUGUACACCACCCCGUUCACAAAGAGUGGACGGCCUCGAGGAGAGCUGAACGAGCAAUACAAGAGAAAGACGAUCUUGACCACCAAGCAUGCCUUCCCUUAUGUGAAGACGCGGAUCAACGUCAUUCAGAAAGAUCAGAUUGACCUCACCCCAAUUGAGGUGGCUAUCGAGGACAUGCAGAAGAAAACCCGCGAACUGGCCAUCGCCACGCACAAAGAGAAGCCUGACCCUAAAAUGCUGCAGAUGGUUUUGCAGGGAUCUGUAACAGCUACAGUCAACCAGGGACCGCUGGAGGUGGCCCAGGUCUUCUUGAAUGAAAUCCCAGCAGACCCUAAACUCUACCGUCAUCACAACAAGCUGCGGCUGUGUUUCAAAGAGUUCAUCCUACGGUGUGGGGAGGCAGUGGAGAAGAACAAGGCCCUGAUCACACCUGACCAGAAGGAAUACCAGCAGGAGCUGAAGAAGAACUAUAACAAGCUGAGGGAGAAUCUCAGGCCCAUGUUGGAGAGAAAAAUCCCUGAACUGUACAAGCCCAUCGUCAAACCUCGCUUGGAGAACAGGGACUCCAUCAAACGGCACAGUUUCCGCCGCACUCAGGAGGAGAGUUCAUGAUGUCAUGAGAACGGGGUCUCCAGGGGACAUCGGGAAGAGAACGUUCCGUCAUUCAGAGAAGAGGAACGACGUUGUUUGGAUGGCUGGAGCCGGGUUUCACGCACAGUAUUAAAGAUGCUAGAUCAUAUCACAUAUGCUGUUAUUUGAGGUCCAGUUCAUCAAAGUGAUACUGAACAUAGAUGAUUCCAGGAAUGUCCUUUUGUUUUAUCUGUCUCUGUUCUUGUGUUCUCCGUUUGACAGCAGAAUUUCUGGCUGUGAUUUCAGCAGGUUGGUACUUUGGUAGCUGUUAAAUGAUAAUAAGUAUUGAACUAUUUAUUAACACAUUCACCCACUGAGCUCUAAUGGAAAGAGUGAGAUGGGAUAUUGAGGACUUGCAUCUGAGACCACAUACGACGGUUUUGUUGUCCAUAAAAUAGAACGCGAAAUCAACACGUUCCUUUUUUGUCUGUUUUAAAACAUUGUCUUGAUUGCUCUGUUGUAACAGCAUUCCAAAAGGGAAUAUCAGGAAGUCAUAAUUGUCAUCAACUACCAAACUACCAACUUGAAAAUGUUUUCAAAAAUAAAUAAAUAAAUAAAUAAAUGAGGAUUUUAUGUACAAGUGUAAACUUUACAUGGAACAUUGAAUUAUUUUGCAGUGUUGCAAACUGUAAUGUCUAAAUGUUUUAACGUUUGAACCUGAUGUCAUCAAACACGAGUUAUUCUCUGGAUUUUGGCUGCAAUAAUAGAAUAUAUAUAUAUAUUUUAACAGAGAUAUAUGAAAUAGAUGUAUAUAUGUUCUGCUUUAUUUAUAGAGAAUUUUAGCUACGAUGUGCUCACUGGUUUGAUCAGCACUGGCUGUGAUGUACCAGUAACAAUGUGCUCAUGAUUAACUCUUAUCAGAAAGAGGCAAUAAGAAUGAUGAGAAAGUCAACAUCAGUUAAAAAGAUACCGCACGGUGGGUGGGCUUAUCAAACGUUGAUAAGGAACAUUUUUCGUUUUGUUGUUUUAUGUAUUUCUAAGCUGAUAUUUUGUUCUGGACUGUUUUUAUGUUGUUUUGUCAGUUUGUACUGUGCCAAAUUAUGAAAAUCAUUACCAUUAGAAUUAAUCCCAUAAUAUCAGGCCAUAGCUGAACCGGCUGUUUUGGAAGAAGUAUUUGGUUUAGUUAUCAACCUCAUGGCACCAUUCGAUCUGUUACACACCUUGCUGCUCUUUACAGUGUGAGAACUGUUCAGUUUUGAAAAUUAUUAGAUUGUUUUCUGUUCCUGAGGUCUCAGUAAGAAGCACAGAAGUGGAUAUUGAUCUAUUUUUUAUCAAUGCCAUGCAAAUGAAUCAAAUAAACGUUUAAUGGUAAAA